UGUUGAUGUUGUUGGCGUAAGUCGCGAUCUGAAUGAAAAUUUCCGCCGACUUUCGUGCUCAUUUUGGGCCUAGCCGUUCUCAAGCCGAGCGCAUUUCGUUCCAUUGAAUUUCCUUUCCAUUGAAACGACGGAAUAAGCAGGGAAUAUUCACUCGGGAAAUAAUCCAGCGUCGUUAAGAGCUUCCUUUUUAAACACCUCGAAAGCGUGCCGGUGCGAGAUGCAUCGGCUCGAUCGACGUAAACCCAGAAGAGAAAGCGACGAUUCUCGUAGUCCUAUCGUGCCCAACCGGCUUCGUAGAAUUAUGAAAGCGUCGAAGAUCCUUCUUCUUUCUUUUUUCUUUCUCUCUUUGUAUGUACAUGCUGAAUGCGGCAACGUCAUCUCUUUUUAAUUAUAUACCACUACACGGGCAACCGCGGAGGAGACGACCGUGUAAGAAUCCGGACCCAGCGACGACUUUUAGAAAUCGAUAUCGACGUGAGCUGUUUACCUGAAGAGCGAUACAAGUGAAAUUCUUAUUUGGACUUAUGUAAAUCGCGAACGCACGGCUCGCGAGAGAUUGUCACUCACUGUGUCAGACAAUCUGACAGACACCGUGCGACAAUGAGAUUGAACGUGGUGAAAUUUUGAGAACUCGCCUUACGACAUCUUGACGACAAAUGAAUCGUGUGCUAAGUGCGUAAUCGUGGCAUUUAGCACGAAUGUUUACGACAUCCUCGAGAUAAACGUAUAAUUUGAGAUAUGUACAAAAAGUAGCAACAAGGAUUUAGUGAUGUCGGCGAGAGCAUCUAAUUAAGGAGAGAAAAACGGCCGCAGAACGGAGAUUCUUCAAUGUCGACGAUAAUAAUAAGAAUUCGUUUACGGCUUGACGGGAUCAAGAUGCUAGACGUGACGGUGACGAGGUUAAUGAGGAUUUUCAACUGGAUUCGACUGGUAACAGGAUCUAAUGGCGCCGGAUGCGGUUAUCCGGGUGCACCGGCGCACAGCAGCGUCCGUUUUACCAUCGGAGAUGUCUUAGACGAGGAGGAUGAUCUCUUUAACGACACCAUGUUCCCGGUUGGCACCAUGGCUACGUACUCCUGUGAACGAGGAUUCGAACUCCUGGGACCCGCAAGAAGACACUGCCAGGCCGACGGCACGUGGACUCCGGAAGGCGUGCCCUUCUGCGUUCUGAACGUGGCCGGCGGCAAGGCGCCGAUGCAGUCCAGCAACACGGAGGGCGGAAUUCCGCAACGCGCGGUCGACGGAAGUAGCAGUCAGAGUUACACGCCGCAUACCUGCACCCUGACGAUGCCAGAGCGCAAACCGUGGUGGUACGUGAACCUGUUGGAGCCGUACAUGGUGCAGCUGGUGCGUCUGGACUUCGGCAAGCCGUGCUGCGGUGACGAUAUCCCCGGCAAAAUCACCGUCCGAGUCGGCAACAAUCGGCCAGAUCUAGGAAUAAAUCCCAUUUGCAAUCAGUUCGUUGGACCAUUGGAGGAAGGACAACCGCUCUUCUUACCUUGCAACCCGCCGAUGCCUGGAGCUUUUGUCUCGGUGCACCUGGAGGCCCCCGUCGACAAGCCUGUGCAGCUCUCCUUGUGCGAGGCUUUCGUCUAUACCGAUCAGGCUCUGCCGAUCGAGAGAUGUCCUCAAUACCGAGACCAACCGCCAGGAUCGACGGCGACUUACAACGGAAAAUGCUACAUAUUUUACCAAAAUCGCCAGAUGAUAUUCCAGGACGCGCGGGCUUUCUGCCACCAACGAGGUGGUACUCUUGUGGACGAGAGCAAUCCUGCUCUGCAAGGUUUUAUUUCAUGGGAGCUGUGGAGGCGACACAGGGGCGACACGUCCAGUCAGUACUGGAUGGGCGCAGUUAGGGACCCGAAGGACCGGACGUUGUGGAGGUGGGCCGAAAGUGGCGAAGUGGUGUCAGUCUCGUUCUGGGACUUACCUCAAGGCACAGAGGACGACUGCGCUCGAUAUGACGGCGGCAGAGGCUGGCUUUGGUCCAACACACCUUGCACAGCCCGACUGAAUUUCAUCUGUCAACAUCAGCCGCGGGCUUGCGGCAGACCCGAGCAGCCGCCGAACUCUACGAUGACGGUGGUCAGAUCGUCCAGGAACCCUAGCAGCGCGUACGAAGUCGGGACGAGGGUGCAGUACAGUUGCAACGCGGGUAACUAUCUGAUCGGACCGUCGAACCGCACCUGUCUUGAUACCGGCUUCUACAACGACUUUCCACCGGUGUGCAAAAAUAUCGAGUGCGGCUAUCCUGCGAGCAUAAAACACGGUGGCUAUACGCUCAUCAAUAAUACCGUCACUUACUUCAGCCAAGUGCUUUACUCCUGCGAGGAUGGGUACGAGAUGACCGGACGCGCCCGACUAACUUGUGACAUCGACGAACGCUGGAACGGACCUCCGCCGCGAUGCGAGCCCAUACUUUGCGAUCCACCAGCUAUGGUCGCGCACAGUACCAUCAAUAUAGAGGAAAUCGACGAAGACGGAAAUAUCCCAAUCAGGACCAAUUUCAACCGGAGUCUGUUGGUUGGUAGCAUAGUCAUUUACACGUGUGAGAAGGGCUACCGGCUGGUCGGUUUCCGGCAGAUACUCUGCUUAGCUACUGGAUUGUACGAUCAUAUCGCACCCACAUGCAUAGAAGAGCCACGGACAACCGUAAUCGUCCCCUCUCGAGCAACAUUGCGUCCAUCGACUCCAAAAGUUCGACCGUAUCUGACACCACGGAUCAGAACAACAACGAACGUGCCUACGGUUACCACCAGCACCACGACCGUCUUGCCACCCAGAAACGUACCCAACACGGCGGAACAGCCGGCCACAGUAAGAGAGACCGUGUCGAAGAGGCCGAGCAUCGGGCUGAACAAGCCCGCGCCACCUCCGUCAACGGUGCUCAACGACGCUGGCAGCGAUCAUCCGCAGGACAACGAAAUAUCCGGAAGUGGAGUCGAUCAUGCUCAAGCGGGAGUCGGAGCAGCCGUGCCGGAACCAUCCGGCCCGUUCAGAGUGGAUAGCGCCGAGCUGCCUAGCGGCACUCAUCAAGCCAAGCUGAAUCUCGGCGCUGUGAUCGCUCUGGGAGUGUUCGGCGGCUUCGUGUUCCUCGCAGCGGUGAUUACGACGGUCGUGAUACUUAUACGCAGAAAUCGUGGAAGAAGCAGUAAGCAUUACCGUCACCGUGCGUCGCCCGAUUGUAACACCGUAGCCAGCUUCGACAGCAGCUCCUCGGAAAGUCGGGGAGGUCUAAAUCGGUACUACCGUCAAGCCUGGGAGAACCUGCACGAGACCGCCGGCCAUAAGGCCGGUCAUCCGCCGCUCCGUCGCAAGGAGACCCUGGAUGAACCAGGAUACCGAGAGAACUUCCGUGGCAACAACACCGAACGCGACGGCUCGGAGUUGGUCAUAAGCGACGUCGCGGCUUACCCGUCGAGCAAGCACGCCAGCAUCUCCGACAAGAAGCGUCACCACCAUCACCAUCAUCAUCACCACGGUAGCGCGACGCCCGACUGGAGACAGUCCCACCAUAGAUACUAAAUCGGCGAGACGAACGGGCGAGAAAUUCUGUGUCGUUAAAUUCGCUACGUCACAUCGUCUACGAUCGCGUGGUGAACGACGAGUCGUAGGAAGACGUAGGGAAUCCAUAGUGAAUGUCCAAUAACCGCCACGGGUUGAAAGAUCCACCUUUGAACGAGGGUGCACGGCGAAUUUUCCAGCAAAUUGUACCUAGCUAACGUCUCAUGCGAGAAUCUAGAACGGAAAACAGCCGAGAUAAAUCCUACACGUUCUGUUUACGUCGUAAAUUAUUUAUAUUAUCGUCGGUCCGUGUUACGAGCUGUAAAUAUAUGACCAUUGUAGCUUGUAAGUGUAGCCUACGGUACACUGUAGUCUGUAAGUGCAAGGGCGGUGAAUCGUCGUGAGGAAGACAGUAGAAGCUGAUCAUAGAGGACAUGCCAAAAACAGCAAUGAAAUAAUAUGUAAUAAUGAUCAAACAGAUAUUAAUGUAACGGUAAGCUAUAUACUGUAAGAUUCGGGGUUUCACGUUACGUUUGGAGAACAUUCGUCCAAGGAUAUCAUACGAUAUCGGCAAAAUUUACGUCCGUCAUGGGUACCUUGGCCUCGCUUUAAAAGGAUUACUAUGUUUCCAGACAAACGGGACACUGCAUAUAGGUAUCGUUAAGGAAAGGCCGAUGUUACCCAUUCAGGAAUAAAGAGACGUUGCGUUAAGUGCAGUGCACGUCUGACACAAAUGUAAGAGAGCACUCGAAGACUUCACGCGGUGCCUCGUGAAUCGCUAACGUUACACCUGCGAUAUAUCAUAUGUAUGCUACUACCGAUUUUCUUAUAAUAUAGAUAUGUAACGCAUAACUCUAGACGUAUAGUUAUCACCUAUACGUUUUUUCUCAACCAGGCUCAUUGAAAUUAUUAUGUAAUUAGCAAGUAACACGAUUUUCGCAACAACGUUAACAUUUAUUUAUUGACUGAGAUAAUUUUACGCGAGAUAACUUUGUACAUGCAUUUUGUAACUCUAUUUAUCGCGGUAAAUUACGAUAGUGCCAUUUAGGGCAAACUUGUUUGAUCCGUCAAACGAGCAGUUUUGUCAUUCAAACAUGGUACAUGAUAAUGGAUGCUGGCGCAUUCUCAAAUAGAUCGUUACAUAUACAUAUAUCGUUAGACUUAAUGUUCACAUUAUAUAAAUUUAGAAAAUAAAAAUAUUUAUAUAAACAUA